AUGCCGACAUACUCGACAGAGCCUAAUGUUGACGGAUUGGCGAAUGGUGGCAGGGAGAUUUCUGAAGUUGACGGGCGCAUUGAGUUGAGUCGAAACAGCGCCGCAACUCAUCCGACACUAGACAGGGGAAUCCUAGAUGACGGGGUGCACUUCACUGGGUUUCGUGAGGUGGUGGGCACACCAACAUUCUCGUAUUCUGGAGGUUUUGUCUCGGUCCAGUGCAAAAGUGUCACGCCUGCACAUGCAGCUACGAGGUUGUUUGGGAGAUUCUUCGGCAUUUUCCAUAUUCUAUGGCAUAAUGUGGUUCUUUUUUUCGUUGGCCGACUGGGACUGGGAUUGUUGGUGUCGGGAAGUCCAACCGGGCGGGUCUUUUUGAUCAAAUUGCCUCGUUGUUCAGCUUCAAUGUUGUUGAGUGUUGGUUGUGUUCAACAGCAACCAGGAUGUCAGAUGUGCAAAUUCGCUCAUUCGACUUGUCAGAGGGCUAACAUGCUGUGCCAAGCCAAACAUCGCUGCCAUUUUUCUCACUCACUUCCCGGCAACUUUACUCGAUUCACCUCACCAUCAGUCAUUUGGUCAGCCCAGCGCAAAAGAUGA